CUAACUUUUUUUCCUUAACCUGGCUUUAGACUCUUAAGGAACCUUGUAAUAGUUUGAUUAAAAGGUGUUCUUUAGUCGUUGAUAUUUUAAAAUUCAAUGCAAUGCAUGAGUUCCUGCAUGAGUUCCUUAUGUUGACUCUCUCCUAUGAGGAACAGUUGUCCAUCAGGUGUUUCCACUUGAUUGAUUGAUUGAUUGACUCAGUGAUCCCUGCAUUACUCAUCAGAGCCAACCACUUGAAAUACAUCACAAAAUUAACCAAACACAGGGAAAUUAAGAGGGAAACUGUGCUCCUGGAUUCCUUGUUGUUUCCCUUGAGCUGCCAACAGUUUAUGGCACCCACCAUUAAAGCACUUUGAAGGAAACGGCAGCCACAUGAAAGCCUUGGAGACAAAAUCUGUCUCCCUUCAGUCUCACAAACACCGUUAAAAGUGUGUUUGCUGCAGAGAGCGCUACCUCACGUAUUGUUCACUGUAGCUUGGAGACCAAAGUUUGCCUCUGCCGUUCACUUCAAAAGCUUAAUAACAAUGAGGACAGAGGAAUGUAAGUGUUAAAGACCGUUUAAAAAGUCAGCGCGCAACAACCGACGGAGAACACAGUCAAUGUCAAGCUGUGGAAGAAAAAGAUGGUGAAGGACAGAGUCUUCAGACAGGACCAAGAGGAGGUGGGGACACAUCUCACUCUGUUAGAGGAGCGCCAUCUAGAGACCUACAGGGACCUUCAGCGUCUGAGAGAGGCUCUCUGUCACCGCUACACUGCUCUGCUCAAACAGAAAGUCCACACACAGAGAUUAACACUGAAGCAGAGGGAGGACACGAAAAGAGGGGAACAGGGAGACUCCGAGGAAGAAUUCAAACAGAGACAAAGGAAGAAGGUCUUCUCCAGGCUGCAACACAAUGACUCAUACCUCCAGUCUGUCCCCAAAACCUGCUAUUACCAGAUCUUUGACCUGCAGAAGCAGCUGGUUGAGCUUGGACGUCUGAAAACCCACCGUGACAUCCAGGACUUUCACUGCAGCCUGGACUACAGCAGUCGGCCGUCGCAGCUUCAGAGGAGUCUGAAGACGGUUAGAGAAAAGAUGAUGCGGAGCAAGUGUGCAGCUGAACCAGAGUCAGUCCCCCCCACAGCAGGAGACGAGGAUGACGUUUGCUACUCCAGGUCAAUGGAGAUUGGAUCUGAUUCCGGGGAGAGGCAGGAGAAGGAUGCUGUUGAGCAAAUGUUUCCUAAGAUAAAAGUGCCCACAUUUACAUCUCUACAGCCAAGCGUUAUGAAGAACUUCCAAAGCAAGAUGCCUGAUCUGACCAUACCUGCCGUUCCUGAGAAGAGCAGGAAAGCAGAGGUUUACUUUGGAUGUCUGAGACAAAUGCAUCAAACUUGCUUGUCCAACAUGUUGUUCUCCCAGAGACUCUUGGACACACACACAGACUCACUGUGCUGGCGGCAGCAACAAGGAGCCCAGGCUUUGAUUCUUCCAGCUCUUGACUCCAAACCAGGAAAGAACAGCCAAACUCAGCAGCCUGCUGUCAGUUCUCAGAAACAGCGGGCACCAAGAGUCUGCAGAGCUCCACCUCCACAGCAGCGCAGCAGAACCUCCUCAGCUCGGAGCAAAAAACACAGAAAUCAGCAGUGUUGUGGGCCUCCGGUGGAGGACAUUAGUGUUGUCUGCCGUCACACACCUGAUCCCUUAUCCAUGGAAGAUGUGUGCAAGCAAAAACACACACAGGUCAUCGACUGUGGGAUGAAACUAUGGAGGAACUACACUGAAACAACAGAGUGACGGACAUCACCACGCAACAACAAGGUUUUUUUUUUUUUUUACAAAAGUAAAAAAAACCACAAACAAUAAAAGCUAUAAGAAAGUCAUAUUUCAUAUUGUAUGUGAGACCUGUGGCCACAGAGCACCAUUACACCCCUGGGUGUGUUGGUCAGUGUCUUUUGCAGGUGGGAGCCACAUGUUGUUCACACAGUUUGCCUUACUUAACUAUAGGGUCAAACCAAUGUCCAGCCCAAAAUAAACCCAUGUGGAGCCCACAUGGACCUCCUGGUCAGCGAAAGACAUCAUUUGAUAGUUUUAUAUUAUUUAAGUAUUUAUUAUCUGUUGAUUGGUUAUAUUAUUAUCAUCAUUUAAUAGAACAUUCCAGUCUAAACCAAAUCUGUUUUGUUAUGGACUUUGUCAUUGCA